AACACACUCUAUAGUCUAUCCUCUAGCUUCAAUCUCACCCACCAUUUCCCCACCUUAGAUUGACGGUGAGGAAAAAAAUGGCCUGCACAGCUACUUCCGCCGCUGCCUUCGUCUCCAACGCCAGGGUUCUGUCUCCCAAAUCCGUUCCGGUUGCGAAGUCGGUCGCUCAGUCCCUGACUGUUCCGACUUCUUUCACCGGUCUGCGCAGGUCUCUCCAAUCUCGAGUUUCACGAUCGGUUUCCCUAAGUCGUGGCUCUCAUUCUCGAAAGAGCUUCGUUGUGAAAGCUAGUUUUGAACUCCCAUUGGUGGGAAAUACUGCUCCGGAUUUUGAGGCGGAGGCUGUUUUUGAUCAGGAGUUCAUUAAGGUCAGGCUCUCUGAAUAUAUUGGGAAGAAAUAUGUGAUACUCUUUUUCUACCCACUAGACUUCACUUUUGUUUGCCCCACAGAGAUUACUGCUUUCAGUGAUCGCUAUGGGGAAUUUGAGAAGCUUAACACAGAAAUAUUGGGUGUUUCAGUGGACAGUGUGUUCUCGCACCUUGCAUGGGUUCAAACAGAUAGAAAGUCUGGUGGUCUGGGUGACUUGAGGUACCCAUUGAUAUCUGAUGUUACCAAGUCAAUUUCAAAAUCUUAUCAAGUUCUGAUCCCUGAUCAGGGAAUUGCAUUGAGAGGCCUUUUCAUUAUUGACAAGGAAGGAGUUAUCCAGCACUCUACCAUUAACAAUCUUGCCAUUGGCCGAAGUGUUGAUGAGACAUUGAGGACGCUUCAGGCCUUGCAAUAUGUGCAAGAAAAUCCAGAUGAAGUCUGCCCGGCUGGAUGGAAGCCAGGGGAGAAAUCAAUGAAACCAGACCCUAAGCUCAGCAAGGAGUAUUUUGCUGCAAUAUAGAGAGGUAGCAUGCAAGAGCCAAGAGCGAACGUGUCUGUUAGCUGUAAACGAGUUUAGUCCCAAUGUAAUGUGUUGCAGUGGUCCAGUUUUUGGUAGCAAUCUCUUGGAAUAAACAUGUUUGGAUGGUGCCUACCAGGCUUUUUUGGAUCCGUUAAAGAACACAACACAACUUUCCUGCUAUCACCAGCUUUUCUUUCAUCGUUUGUAUGUUUGAAGCAUGAUUUGAAGUUUAAUCAAACUAAGUUGUGAAC